AUGCACUGGAAGUCUCGAAUAUUUACUGCUUCUGAUCACGAUUCGUUAGUCGUCGUCGAGAUCGGCUGCAACAUAGGGGACAUCGUUCGCGAGACCAUGAACGUGGGUUUGGCAGUACCCCUAGGAGGCCGUCCCAGCAUCGGCUCGGGACUGUGGCUACAAGGCGGCAUUGGACAUUUGGGAAGGCUCCAUGGUCUCACAUGCGACUCCAUCGUCGGUGCUGUAAUGGUCAGCGUCGAAUCUGGCAAAGUCUUCUGUGUUGGCCAUGUACCAAAUCAGUACCUUGUCACUUUCAAAGCAUACACGGCUCCCACCUAUUCUGUCAGAAACUGGAUCAUCCCGCUCGUCGACCGCCUUGAAGCACAGCUCACGCUCAGCAGCUUUGAUAAAUUAGUUGCUAGCACACUUCCUCCAAACCUAUCUGCGGAUGCGUACUUAUACCGAGACAACGAUAAGCUGCAUCUGGGCGUUACUAUGUUUGAGUGUUCCACGUCUCUGCUUAGUGUUGAAGCACUUGCGCCUAUCAAUACAUUAUUGGGCCCGCCAGACAGUUUCAAGAUUGUGGAUGGCGUCGGUUUGUUUGACACCGAAAUGUACAUGUCCGUCUUGCAUGGUAGUCGCUCCGGCGGCAAACCCUCUUCGUUCAAACGAUGUCUAUUUUUAAAACACAUCGGACCCACAAACAUUGCCGAGAUCUUGCUGAAGGCUGUUGAGACUUGGCCCUCGCCCCUUUGCUAUCUUCAUCUGUUGCAAGGUGGCGGAGCGAUCAGCGACGUACCAGCUCAUACCACUGCUUUUGGCUGUCAAGAUUGGGACUUUGCCUGCGUCGUGACCGUCUACGAUAUCGCUCGAGACUUGCUGCCCUGGAGUCGGGGAGCUUACGGCGCAGACCUCGGGUUGGAGCCCAGAGACGCAGUACUGGCGGUUGAAGCUUUUGGAGGAAAUGGCCGGCGUCUGGCCGCUCUCAAACACAGCUUGGAUCCGUACAACGUGCUGGCUUAUACUUGCCCGCUCCCGAAGGUUGUGAAGCAGAAGCUGAUUAUCCUUGUUACUGGCGACAGUUUCGCAGGCAAAGACUACUGUGCCGAGGUCUGGGUAGCUGUGUUCACGGCCCAGAACCUCACAGCACGGGCCAUCAGUAUUAGCGAAGCAACGAAGCGAGAAUAUGCACUGGAAAGGGGAGCCGAUCUGAACCGCUUGCUACGGGACCGUGCCUAUAAAGAGCAGCAUCGGCCAGAGUUGACAAGAUUUUUCCACGACCAACUCCGACAACGACCUCGACUGCCAGAAGAGCGGGACGAGGCACCACUUACAAUCUUCUCACACUUGGUGCCAGACCACAAGAUUCUCGACGUUCGUGUUGAAUCUAGCAAGAUAGUUGUUCGCCGAGGAUACCAGGAUAUCGAUGGUAAUAGCAGUGAUAGUAAAUCGCCGUCGAAUUCGACAGCUUUGGAGUACUGCCCUAGUCUCAUCUUCCAGAAUGACACAACUGGAAUGGAGGCGGCAACAAAAUUUGUCCAAGACUACCUGUUUCCGUACGUCCAUGAAGACCUGCAAUCACUGGCCCAUAUGCUUUUAGGCAAAGCUGGCAUCAGCGCUGAUAAAAUUAGCAUUAUAAUCGUGGCAGAGUUUCGAGCUCAACGUGGUCGGGAGCUCUUGCGCCAGCAUGGAUUCGGCAAGGUCAACAUUGAAAGCCUUUUAGUCUUUGGUGGUGCUUAG